AUGGCCUCGCUUGCUACCCGUCCCGUUCUACAACAACUCGAUAGAAACUUGGAAGGCGCGCUGGAUGUUUCCUGGCUCCUUCCCAAGGCACCUUAUUUAGAUGCGACGCGGCAACAUGCACGGAGAGCAACAAAACGGGACGAUGCAUCUGGCCGAGACGAAGCAGCCAAUGAUUCUCACCAUCUCAGUAAUUCAAGGUUCAGAUUGGCAUUAGAAGACGUGAUGUCGCGACACAGACAAGGCGGCAGCGUUGCGCUGCAGUCAAUCCCUCCAAAUCCACCACCUCAUCAGAACACCCCGCCCCCAUGUCCUGCCCCUGUAAGGGAGAAGAAAUCCAUGAAGGAAUUCCAAGGCCCCUCUCAAUCUCACAAUCGAAGGCACCUGUUUUCAUCCAUUGCAUUCCAUUGUGCCCCAUCAUCCGUACUCAAUACGGUCAUUUCAUUUUUCAUGCUUCUUCUUAUGAGAUUCCAUGUAAACUGCACUGACCACCAUCGUGAUAUCAGUCACUCCAUCCCCCUCUCGUCUCACUAUGAAAAGAUGAGAAUGAUCCUUCCCAAAACUCAAUCAAAGGUCAUCCACUCGGGUAUCUCGCCUUUCCCUGCGCAGCCCGCUUUGCUCAGCCACAAUGUCAAAUUCGAGAUUGUCUUUUUUGCUCAUGACUUUGCAUACCUUACCGCAGCUGCCCGUCCCGUCCUUUGGGGGCCAAGUCCCCGAUCGCAAUCGGAAUCGCUUGUCUCGUUAUCGUUCAUUCCACUGCUUGGCGGCAGCUUCAUGAGCGAUAUGAAUCUGCAUCGAUUUGACCGUGAGCCAACAUACGCUUCCAACAUCAAGGCUGGAAUCGUACCGCUCUGCCAUCGACUACAACGGACGGUGCUUGUUGAGAAUACUCUCAUCUUUGCUCAGUAUAUACCUAUCAGCGCUCACGAUCGACUCCUCAUGAUUUAUUCCAUGAAUUCCUGCUUGGCGCUCCGAAUUUCCCCAAACCCACGUCAUAGAUGCCACAACGACCAUCAUCCGAUCCAACCCGUCCCAUCUUUUCACCCAAAAGUAACCAUCCUUUACCAGGCCAUGCCCUCAUACUUCAUCGCCGGCGCUAUUCGGCGAGACGAGACGAGACGAACGAUCUCUGGCUGCAGUCGCCUAGGAUUCGGCUCCCGACGGGCGUUAUCAAAGUCACCUUCCCCCGCUGACCACGCGUUCUUCAUGCAUCCUGGGGCCGAAAGAUUAUUGUCCCCGGCAUUACUCAGCGUGAAGUCUCAAAACGGGGUUGCUGUGAUGUUAUUUUCAACAUCGUGUAAGCGUCUUCUUUUGCAAUACACGGCUUCACCUGUUGGCGAGGGGGGCCGCAACUCCCGUACCAGCAUUUACAGUUAA